AUGCAAGCCGUGGCGGAGUAUGGUGCGCAGCGUUCAUCUCGAGCACCACUAACCAUCACCGAGCUCGACCACAACCUGGAUCAAGUGGCUGCACUGUGUGACUUCUCCGAUGUCGAGCUUCGAAAGCGGUAUUCCCAAUUGGACAGAUCCUCCUUAUCAAGUCAAUUGACGUCGAUGUUCCAGCGAAUGUCGAGCCUGGAGGUCAAAUGGGUUGUGCGAUUGCUGCUCAAGGACUUGACGCCGGCCACCGUUCCCCAAGAACUGAUGGUUGAGCUUGUACACCAGAGUCUGCCUCCUGUGCUGAGUGUGCUCGACUCAUUCCCUAAAGCUCUGAGCCACCUUCAGGAACGAGAAUCAACCUGUUCGGGCCAAGCUCGGCCACUGGUACCACAAGCUGGUACGCGUGUAAGCCUGCCCCACUUUGAGAAAGCGCGCAGCAUCAAGCAUGGCCAUUCUCUGAUGCGAGGACAAGAAGUUAGUGUCGAGCGCAAGUACGAUGGCGAGUAUUGUCAAGUGCAUAUCUGGCAGGACAGCAAUAGUCGAAAGCCAGUGAUCAAAUUAUUCUCGAAAAGCGGUCGAGAUUCAACCAUUGAUCGUGAUCCUAUCCUGCCGACGAUUCGACAGUGCCUGGGCGCAAGCAGAAUGGCAGAUCGAGUGCAGAAGCAUUGCGUCUUGGUUGGGGAACUUGUGGUGUGGAGUGAUGUGGUCCGCGACAUCAUGCCGUUCCACAAGAUUCGGAGACACGUCACCCGUGCGGGACGCCGUCUGGGUUACCAAAAAGACUCCUCAACAGAUCCAGAUGAGCAUCUGAUGAUCGUCUUCCACGACAUCCUGCUGUGGGAUGACCACAUCUGCAUUUAUGAGACUUACAGGCAGCGACGACAACACCUCCAGAAGCUUGUUCAGUCGGUUCCUGGCCGAGCCGCGAUCGGGCGUCAAAUCGUGCUCGACUUUACUGCCACUCGAGGUACGUCUGCACUGGCUCGCGAGAUGGCGUAUGCACUUUCGCAGAGAUGGGAAGGUCUGGUGCUGAAAGCGUGUCGCGAUCCAUACAUCGGUGUCCAUGGCGGAGUCACACAGUACGUAAAGGUGAAGAAGGACUAUAUACCAGGCUUAGGCGAUUCGGUCGACCUGCUCGUCAUUGGUGGUCGAUGCGAUCCUGUGGCAGCGGCAAGCUUGUCACUGAUGCCGGGAACGUGGACAAGCUUCUUUCUGGCCUGUCAAGAGGUGGAUCAAGAGGGCUGUCGUGUCGAGUUCAGUCCUUCGUUCCACAUCGUGGGCACUGUUUCACAUCCAUCGAUCUCAAUAUCCAACAUUCACUUUCUGAAUGCUCAUGGCCGUCUAUCUCAGUUCCAGUUCUCUAUGACGGGACAACAAAUGCAGAUCCUAACGGAACUGACGGGACGGUCCCUUCCGACACAUCUAUUCUCGCAGGCUGCCGUGGUUGAGGUGAUCGGUGCGGGGUUCGAUCGGCCUUCAAAUGCACGAUAUCUGACACUCCGAUUCCCUCGUAUGCUCAAGGUCCAUCUUGACCGUCCUCCAGGUGAUGCUAUUGGCUCAGUCAUUCCCAAGAGGAUCAAGAGACGGGCCAGUUUCUCACCAGUCCAUUCAAGCACUAUAAAGAAAUGCCGGCGGCCCGACGUUACAACAAAGGCGCUUGGCGAGGCAUACACGCAGAGCAUGGAGGAAAGCAAUCCAAUGGAGAUCCCAGACAGCCAGGAAGAUGCUGAAGGUGCAGGUUAG